CUCUCAGAGCCUCGGACACACAGGUAAAAUGGCGUCGGGGGCCAUUUCAGUGGAGACUAAGAAGAUUACAGAUUUACGUGUGGUAGACCUCAAAUCAGAACUCAAACGAAGAAAUCUGGAUGUUACUGGGGUAAAAAAUACACUCGUCGCUAGGUUGAAGCAGGCAAUAGAAGAUGAAGGUGGAGAUCCAGACAACAUUGAGAUCACCGUAUCAGCUGAAACACCCACGAGAAAACACAGCAAAUCUAAAGGAAAGAAGACCGACCUGGAUGCUGACACCAUCAUGGAAGAGGAAUCCUUCUCUAAGGUAUGGGAGUGGAAUUGUUGCCACAUAUUGGGUUCAUUGAAACUGGACUAAUAAAUGAGUAAUAUGUUAGUGUGAAUUAGGGCUGCACGAUUAUGACAAAAAUCAUAAUAGUCGAUUACACGAUUUUCGAUUACAAUUAUC